AAACCAGAGUUUGAGCAUUCCACCUCCAAUGGCGGGCUUCGGGCACGUUCAGAACAUGUACGACAUUAGUUUGAAACCUCGAUUGCUUCGAUCACUGAUGAGAGAUUAUCUUCCUGACGAAAAACGUCCAUCUCCUAGCCCUUCGAAGCUCUCAGACGUGGUUUCUGCAAUCAAGACUCAUGGCCUCCUACUCGAGUCUUUUCGAGAAUCAGAUGAUCAAAAACAGAUUGAUAAGUGGAAAUCUGCUAUCGAUGCAUGGGUUGAGCGGUUGCUGCUGCUCGUUUCAAGUAAAAUGCCAGAUAAAUGUUGGGCAGGAACCUGCUUGCUUGGUGUGACUUGUCAAGAAUGCAGUGAUGAUCGGUUUCUAGCAUCGUAUUCUAUUUGGUUCCAGAAGCUCAUUUCACAAAUCCAGCCUCCAUCGGAUUCUCAUUUUGUGAAGGUAGCUACUUGUGCUUCUUUAUCGGAUAUGUUUACAAGGUUGGGUGGAAUUUCAAAUGUGAAAAAAGAUGGGACUUCCCAUGCUGCGAAACUUAUUCAACCAGUUCUGAAGUUGUUAACUGAGGAUAGCUCAGAGGCUGUAUGGGACGGGGCGGUUGUUCUGUUAUGCAACAUUAUAACUUUCUUUCCUUAUUCCGUCCAUCGUCAUUAUGACAGUGCUGAAGCUGUUAUUGCGUCAAAAAUUAUGUCAGGGAAAUGCAGAGAAAGUAUAUCAAAGAAGCUUUCUCAUUGCUUGGCUUUGCUACCAAAGUCAAGAGGAGACGAGGAUUGCUGGUCUCUAAUGAUGCAAAAAAUUCUAAUCUCGAUAAAUGUUCAUCUAUAUAAUGUGUUCCAAGGCCUAGAGGAAGAAACUAAAGGUAAUGAAGCUAUGAAAUGGUUGGUUCCACCAGGAAAAGAACCCCCUCCUCCCUUGGGAGGUCAGACAAUGUCGGGAGAAGCCUCAGAUCAAGCAAUCAAAAAGUCUGAGAAGCUAAUAAUUCCCAGUGUGUCUAUGCUGGUACUCUGCUGUUGCACAAUGCUUACUAAUCCGUAUCCUGUUCAGGUGACUGUUCCUGUUCACCCUUUACUAGCACUUGUGAGCAGAGUGCUGUUGGUGGAUGGUUCAUUGUCAAAAGGCUUGUCCUUCGUCACAGUCAUGCAACAAGAGUAUAUUUGUUCAGAGCUUACAGUUCUGCACUCGUACAGCCUGGAUCUUCUGAUUGCAAUCAUUAAGGGAGUACGCAGUCAGCUAUUGCCACAUGCUGCAGAUGUUGUUAGACUCCUAACUGAGUAUUUCAGGCGAUGUGCACAUCCAUCAUUGAGGAUAAAGGUCUACUCAAUAAUGCGGAUGUUGCUGAUAUCCAUAGGAGUUGGAAUAGCUUUAUACCUUGCCCAGGCAGUUGUUAAAAAUGCAUUUAGUGACCUAGAUUCUGUUAGUCAUGGGCAUGAGAGUGCAUCUUCUAAAAUGUGUUUAAAAGCCACAACUGAAGCGCUGCAGCAACCUAGACAUAAGAAACGGAAACAUAUUACUGCAGCAAGCUCUUUGGAGGAGCACCAGAAUGGAGUUGGCUCAGAGGUUGAAGUACAUAAAAACAAACCGAAAGUUCCAACCUCUGUCCAGAUAGCUGCCUUACAGGCUCUGGAAGUUCUUCUUACUGUGGGUGGUGCUUUGAGGUCCGAGUUUUGGCGAAGGGAUGUUGAUCUUCUUUUGAUUACUGUGGCAACAAAUGCCUGUGAUGGUGGAUGGACCAAUGAGGCAAAAGACACCUUUGACCUGUCUCAUGAACUUGCUUCAACUUGGGCAGAUUUCCAGCUUGCUGCAUUACGUGCACUUUUGGCCUCUCUUCUUUCCUCAGCUCAUGAACGACCACCAUAUUUAUCUCAGGGUCUUGAACUUUUUCGUAGAGGCAAACAACAAACAGGAACAAAACUGGCUGAAUUCUGUGCCCAUGCCCUUUUAGACUUAGAAGUGCUCAUACAUCCGCGAGCUCUUCCACUGGGGGAUUUUACAUCUGGAAGACACGAUGCAUUUGAUGACAACUGCAUAUUUCCAGAAAAUAUAUUUUCUGUUGGUCCCAAACCGAAAGGUCAAUUUUCAAGAGUAAUGGGAUUGGAUGAGCCUGAUCCAGAUGAUGACCUAUGUAACAGCUGGCAUGGUAAUGGGGAAGAAACUGAGGCCCCAGUGGGUGUCCGAGAUAAGCAAUUGGAAAAUGCUGAAGAACCUUGUGAGAAACGGCAGACUAAUGGAGAUUCCCAAGCAGAAAAGAUCUCCAGCGAGCGUUCAGCUGGUGGUCAAGCUCCGGAAGAAGGCAAUGGGCGAUCAAUGGAUGAUGAUGUGGAGAUGGGAACAAGCAGCGAUGGAAUCAUGGUUCAGUCAGAGCGAUUGCUAGAAUCUGGCCCUUGUGGAUAUGUUGAGACGUUGAAUAAAAGUCUCUUGGUUCCUACUGGCAGUGCAAGAGGUGAUGCAUCAAUAAAUGUGACUAUUUCAUCCAAUAUUUCCCUUGACAAUGAAAUGGAUGGCAACGUUGCAACGCGUGCUGCAAGUGCAUCUUUGUUGGGCAAAAACAAUCUUCUAUCCUCUCCAUCAGUGGAUGAGAAAGAAACAGGACCAGUAGUAUUCGAGUUAAAUUCUGACUCAUCCAUGGAUUCCUUCCCAGAUAUUGUAGAUGCAGAUCCAGAUUCCGAUUAA